GGCGGGGUAGAGAGGCCGGAAGUGCCGCGUUGUUCCCCAGCUAGCACUACGAAGUUCCGGCUCAGGUCGCCUGCCUCGAGUUUGUGCAGCUGUGGUGUCGGGAUCGCCGGAGCUGGCCAGGAUGAUCACGGACGUGCAGCUCGCCAUCUUCGCCAACAUGCUGGGCGUGUCGCUUUUCUUGCUUGUGGUCCUCUAUCACUACGUGGCAGUAAACAACCCCAAGAAGCAGGAAUGAAAGUGGCGCUUUCUCCGCCCCAGGGUUCCAGGACAUAGUCUGAGGCAAGAUGGAGGGUGUGAGGGCCUUCACACUUCACUUCAUCUCUCCUACCCAUCACAGCAUACAAAGCAACUACACCUGGAUUUUUCCAAACAACUUUUAUUUCCUCAAAGUCUUCCUUAACCCUAUGGAGCAAGAAGCUGCCACUGAGUAGGGCCCAGUAUAGGGGCUGCUUUCUUUUCUACUCCCUCCCCCCAAUACAAAAAUAUAGAUAUAUAUAUAGAGAUAUA